AUGACUAUCGAGCUCGAAGAGCCUGAAUUGACACGUAAUGAUAUCCAGGUUUACAAAGAUCUAUUCGGCGGUACUAUCGGUGGUAUUGCCCAAGUUUUAGUUGGUCAACCGUUUGAUACUGUUAAGGUGCGAUUGCAAUCUGCCUCGGAGGGCACAUAUACUGGGGCUGGAGAUGUCAUAAGGAAAUUAUUAGCAAAUGAGGGUACUAAGGGCUUUUAUAAAGGUACAUUGACUCCCUUGGUCGGGGUAGGAGCCUGUGUUUCAGUUCAAUUCUCAGUAAAUGAGCUCAUGAAAAGGUAUUAUGAUGACAAAUUAGGUGGUCAACCGCUUGGCUUGUUGAACUUUUUCAAUUGUGGUGCGGUAGCUGGGUUUGCAAAUGGCUUUCUUGCUUCCCCAAUUGAACAUAUUCGUAUUAGAUUACAAACACAAGUGGCUGUUGAUGGAGUCUUUCACGGGCCCAUUGGAUGUGCACAAAGUAUCUAUAAAUCAUGUGGCCUACAAGGCAUUUUUAAGGGAUUAGUACCAACUUUGUUCAGAGAGAGUGUAGGUUUGGGUAUAUAUUUUGCCACCUAUGAAGCUUUGAUCUCUGAAGAGCUAAAGAAAACACCCGGCUUGGUCAGGAGUGAUAUUCCGGGUUGGAAACUAUGUAUUUUUGGAGGGCUAUCUGGAUACACUUUGUGGGCAGGUAUUUACCCAGUAGAUGUGAUCAAAUCCAAAUUGCAAACAGACUCUUUAUCAAGCCCCCUUUACAAGAAUUCAAUGAGUGUAGUGAGAGAUAUUUGGAGCAAGAACAGAUUAAGGGGUUUUUAUAAAGGCUUCUUGCCCACAAUUCUUAGAGCAGCACCAGCAAAUGGCGCUACAUUUGCAGCAUUUGAAUUCACGAUGAGACUAAUUAAUUAA